CUCGGCGAUCGAUCCACCAACUUCGUGCCAAAACUCAGAAACCGCAUACUCCCCCUGCUAUGGCCUAUAGACAAGCGCGCGCCCCGACAGAGGGCAUGGCCAGCACGGUGGAGGACAGCGGUAACACGGCGCCGUCCUCUUCGGUGAAGCUCCGCGGCGCCGACCUGGCCCUGAGGGUGCUGCUGUUCGCCGUCUCGCUGUCAGGGCUCGUCGUGCUGGUCACAGCCAAGCAGACGGAGAUCGUGCCCCUGGUCCUGACGCCGCCGUUCAGAUUCGGGCCGGUCCCCGCCCAGUUCAAAGACUCGCCGGCGCUCAUUUAUCUUCUUGUGGCUCUGUGCAUGACGAGCUUGUAUAGCCUUCUCACGGCCGCCAGCUCGAUCAAGUCCAUGUCAAGCUCGGCAUCCUGUGCCAAGGGGCUCUUCAUCCUCAUUCUUUUUGAUGUCGUUUACGCGGGUAUCAUGGCGUCGGCAACCGGCACGGCGGGGGCCGUGGCCUGGGUGGGGCUGAAGGGGAACUCGCACACGCGGUGGAACAAGAUCUGCAACAUCUACGACAAGUUCUGCCGCCACAUCGGCAGCGCCACCUGCCUCGGCCUCAUCGCCUCCAUCAUCCUCGUUCUCCUCGUCGUCCUCAACGCCUACUCCCUCAGCCGGAGAAGCCGCUGAUCGAACCAGGCGUCCAGCCCCACUCCCUCCUCCGGCUGGCGGGGCCGGGCAAAUUCAUGUGCCGUGCAUGUCAUCCGUCGGCUUUGGUGAGCUUUGCCGGCCGCUGGUCAGUUGUAUAAAAAAUGCUAGUGCGUGGUCCUGUGGCUGUGGAGUGCUCUACGAGAUUACCAUACGCGUGUGUGCAUGGGUGUACGUGUGCGUUGAUGUUUAUACUUGUUUAUUUCUUGGAAAUUGUGAUCGGUGACCGA